AUGACAGAACAUAUACUAAACGACUCCGUACUGGCCCUCACAGCUGGUCAACGGUGUCUACGGGACAGCUCCGACCGCUUUGUCGAGCAGUUUGUGUCACUAUUUUACAUCAUAUCCCCCGAGAAGUCCACUUAUGACGACCCCUAUCAGGUGCCCGACUAUGAAGUGGCCUUAAUCCCAGCGAUUGGCCUCUUAUUGGUCAUCGAACAGGUCAUCCGAUUCUUCCAACGAAAACAAUUGUCAAGAUUUCCGGAUCUGGUGGUUAAUACGGGAUCAUCACUCAUAUUCACAUUAGCCCGCGUAUUUUUGUUGACAAUUGUCAUAAACAUAUUCACGUGGCUCUACGAUAACUACCGUAUUGUGGACCUACCACUGCAUUCCGUGUGGACAUGGCUCCUGUCAUUACUAUUAGUGGAGUUCGUGUACUACUGGACCCACCGGUCCCUCCAUGAGUUCAAUAUCCUAUGGGCUGCCCAUCAGUUUCAUCACAUGGCAGAGGAUGUGAACAUAACCACAACCAUCCGGGACUCGAUCGUCGAUUUGGUCAUAUAUGAUAUAUUCCCACUGCCACUGGCCGUCAUAAUCCCUCCGCCCAUCCUUGUGGUGCACAUUCAGUUCAGUCUAAUCUAUCAGAUUUGGUUACACAACGAAGUGAUCGGAAACUUAGGUUUCAUUGAAUACAUAAUCAAUACCCCGCGUCAGCAUCGGGUACAUCACGGAAAGAACCCCUACUGUAUCGACAAGAACUACGGCGCCCUCAUCAUGAUAUGGGACCGACUGUUUGGCACUCAUCAGACAGAAACAGACAAAAUAAUCUUCGGAGUCGUGUCGCCCACACCCAAGACCUUCGACCCAAUGAUCCUUCAGUUCGGGUACUAUCGAGAUGUUUGGCAAAAAUUCAAUACCGUUCAGGGCUUUGGCAAUAAGAUGUCGGCCCUGUUCAAGGGACCAGGGUGGGCACCCGGCAAACCCAGACUCGGGCUUAUCAGUGACGUACCCGAGCCCGACAAAACACUUCCCCGAUAUAGUUACGACCCGUACAUACCCUUCUGGAAAAUCGUUUACACCGGAUUUCACGGCGCUAUCGUCGUGUUGGGGUUCUUCCUACUGGCUGACCAUCCAUUCAUUGUAGGCAUUCCUCCCAACAAAUUAUAA